AUUCACACUUACAGUUAAGAUUAGUUGUCAGCGAAAAACACCUUGGAUCGGCUUUGCUUCGAGCAAUUGAUUUAGUUAACGGGCUUCUAGUCGGACGAUCGGUCAAUAAAUGUUGAAGUGCAAAAGCUAUUUGCUCCUUGGCCCUUUGCUGGUGCUGCUGAUAGCUGUAAUCGGUGGCCAGGCUGAAACCGUUCCCUGUAAGCUAAGAGAUGCAAAGUAUGGCAAAGUAUGUGUGUGCACGGCGGAUUACUGUGACUAUCUGGACAAUCCUACCCUGAGCAGCGAUGAUGAAUUUGCGCUGAUUUCCAGCAGCAAGAAGGGGCUUCGAUUUGAACUUAACAAGGGCAACUUUGGAUCAAAGGAUAGUUAUGUCAUAAAGGACUAUGAAGAGCCGGAUACUGAAGCAGCUGCUAGCAAUGACACGAUCUUAUCGCGGCUAAUGGAUCAGGCGUUGGGAAAUAUAUUCUCUCAAACGGCCUCCACGACAAGCAGCAUUACGAGAUCCGUAAAUCUUAACUUGGAUCGCAGUAAGCGUUACCAAAGGAUUGAAGGAUUUGGUGGCAGUUUUACGGGAGCCGUAUCCUAUUUGUUGGAGAACUAUAAGGAACAAGACAUUCACGAUCAUCUCUACAAAUCGUUCUAUGCUGCAAAUGGACUGGGAUUCAAUUUGAUGCGCAUGUCAAUGGGAGGUUCUGAUUUCGACUUGGGACCAUGGGCCUAUAACGAGAAACCUGAGAACGAAACCAUUCUGACUGGCAUGGAUCAGCUGGACGAUCGGGAUGUUAUACGCGUGGAGCAGAUUAAGCGACUGAGAGACAUUUCAGGCGUGGAGAAUCUGCGGAUCAAAGCAGCUGCGUGGAGCGCGCCGCCAUGGAUGAAGACCAACAACAGGUGGACAGGCUUUGGGCAACUGAAGCGAGAAUACUAUCAGACCUGGGCCGACUACCAUCUUAAAUGGGUCGAUUUGAUGGUGAAGAAUGGUCUGCCGAUUUGGGCUAUUUCCACGGGAAACGAGCCAAUGAAUGGAAUACUCUUCAUGGCUUUUGUCAAGUUCAUGAGCAUGGGCUGGAUACCACAAACACAGGCCGUAUGGGUGGACGAAAACUUAGGACCCACCAUUCGUAACUCAAAGUAUAAGGAUCUGGUCAUAUUCGGCAACGAUGAUCAGCGUCAAACCAGUCCGUUCUGGUUCAAGCAGAUGAACCGGACUCGCCCUGGUUCGCUCAAAUACAUUGACGGAGUAGCGCUCCACUGGUAUUGGGAUGAAAUAUUUGGAAGCAGCUUCGUUUAUAGCACUAGCGAGUACAUGGCCAACAAAAUACAGAUCAUUUCCGAGUCUUGUAUUGGAGACAAGCCCUGGCAAAAGUCUGCCCCACUACUUGGCAGCUGGGAACGUGCAGAGAAGCUUGGGCGAUCAUUCAUGUCCCAUUUCAAGGAUGGCUUCCACGGUUGGAUUGACUGGAACAUCAUAUUGGAUGAAGCGGGUGGUCCCAACUACGUUAAAAAUACAGUCGAUGCUCCAGUGAUUGCCAAUACGACAUCCUUUACUGAGUUCUACAAGCAGCCCAUGUUCUACAUCAUGGGACAUUUCUCGAAGCUAGUGCCCGAGGGCUCUGUGCACAUCGAGGCGGUGGCCAGCAACGUCAAUCUUGACUGUGUGGCUUUCGUGCGACCUGACGGGAAGAUUGUCGUUGUGCUCUUCAACACCGGACGUGCCGAUCUGAAUAUCAAUAUCACGGAUACUAUUCGUGGAAAGCUAUUGGUCAAUGUGCCAGCCAGGUCUAUACAUACACUACUCUAUAACUAAUUGAGCAAUAAAUAUUAU